UUGGGUUCCUGAGCUCUUGCGACUCCCCACUAGAAACAGAAGGGCAUUGUACGGCGGUGCGGUCCGACGCAGGCAGGUUGGACGCUUGUGCAGUGACUCUACCUUGCAGGGAUCGCAGGGAGCACCGCGGCACUGCGGAAGCCGUCACGCUGCGUCGCUUCCACUCCCAGAAGCUCUCUUGAAAUCCAUACAGGGAAGCGCUUUGGCCAACUUCGGGUCCUCCCCGCCGGCCAUCGUCGCCGAACAAGCCCCUCCUGGUGCAUGACCCGGCGCCGGCGCCGACGCCGAACCCGAUCUUCGACCACGAGCCCAGAGUUUGCCGGAACACCGAUUCUGAACCGCACACACCCUCGAUUCACCCGAUACCUACCGAAUCGUCUCUGAGACACAACUUGCCGCGAUGGCGUCUACCGUCACAAGCGGCUCGCUCGUUUACGAGCGCCGCGUCGUCGAGCGCAUCCACAAAUACCACUGGUCGGCUGUGCAGCUCAAUAUCUGGAUGCUCAUUAUGCUGAUUGCCUCCUGCCUCGUUAUUGGCGUGUUUGCGACCUUUAUCCAGAUCCAGCAGGCUCUCCUGCUGCCAAUACCAUGGUAUUUCCCCUACUACAUCACGGUUGGCUCCCUGGGCGUCGCCUUCAUCCUGCUCCUCCUCUGGCUCAUCUUUCGGCGCCGCCUGCUGCCCUCCAUCGUCAUGAUUGGCGGCUUCAUCCUGUUCGUGAUGUGGAUGGUCGGCCUGAUUGUCAUCUCGAUCCAGCUGUGGGGCCCUACCAACUCGGUCAGCUCCAGCUGCAACCUGUUUGUGUUCGGCGCCGACCCGCGGCCCAACGGAGAGACGCUGCAGACGCUCGCGUGGCUGGAGCAGAGGGGCAUCUGCCAGAGCUGGCAGGCUGUGUUUGCUUUUGGGCUGGUUGGCGCGAUCUUCUUGCUCUGGAUCAUGGUUAUGGCUUAUCAGGUUUUUGCGGACGAUUCGUGACGAGGCAAAGAUUGAUGUCAUUGAUGCCUUCCUUACGGCCUCGAGGCUCGCGUCCUCGUCGAAGUACGGACACGGGCCGCGCGGAGAUUCUAUGCCCGAUAUCUUCCUUUAUCUCUUUUUGGAUCACGCCUUUUUUUUUUUGGCUUCUUUGGAGUUAUUCUGAUGCAUCGAUAGACGGAGUUGGGCUCACGGGGUCACGGACUGCGGAUGAUUUGUGAUAUUGUGGUCAAUUUGGGGUCAGGAGUUUAUAGCGGCGGGGCAUGAUGUAUAUUGCGGUCAAACUGAAGCAGAAUAAUGAUCAAGAUGUCAUGAUU